AUGCUUGAUAAAUAUGAUGCACAUGAAAACCAUUGGUUGAAAUUGACUUUUGCGGUGAAAGAAAAAUGGGGCUGGCUUUACGUUAGAUCAACAUGGGCUGCAGGAAUGAGUACCACGCAACUUAGUGAAUCUUUUAAUGCUUUUUUUAAGGAUUACAUUCGUUCUGAUUUUAACUUAAAUGAAUUCUUCAUGCAUUUCGAAAAGGUACUUUACGAGAAGCGAUGCAAGGAGUUAGAAGCAGGAUAUGCUUUGUGCCAAAGGUUGACAAAGGUGAAAGCAACAAUAAGAAUGUUAAUUCAAAUGGGUAAUGUCUACACAAAAAAUAUCUUUGAGGAAUUCCAAAAUGAGUACUUUCAAUCCAUUGAAUCGGACAUAGAAGCAAUUGAAUAUGGGGAGGCUAGUACCAUUUACACAGUUGUUGAUGUUGGUAACAAAUAUGCAAGGAAAGUGACGAUGGAGAGGGAUGACUCUUUGGGUUGUAAUUAUACAAAGUUUGAAAGGGAAGGAAUCUUGUAUUGUCACUCAUUGAAGGUUAUUAGAGACAUAUUGAAGAUGAAAGAGGUUCCUCCACAAUAUAUUCUGAAGAGGUGGACCAAACAAGCAAGAGUCGAAACUAUGAAGGACAUUAAGGGGAAUGACAUUGAAGUAGAUGUGAAAUUCCAACAAGCAUCGCGGUAUAAGACAUUGAUGAUAGCAUUUAGAGCACUAACAAGUAGAGUUGCUGAAACUAAAAAAACCUUUAAUUUUUGUAUUGCACAGCUUGCUACAUUAGGUGCAAAUGUUGAACGCAAGUUAAGUGCUCAUUUUGGUGUUGGAAAUGAAGUAGGUAAUGAUGAUGACACCCAAAGCUUUGAAGUGGAUUGCGAAAAUGUGAAUCAUGUUGUGCAACCAAAAGAAUUGAAGAAAAAGGUGGCAACUAGUAAGGGUAAAAGGAGGGUCAAAGGUGGAUUCGAAGCGGCGUUGGUAGCGAACUCAAAAAAAAAUCCCGUGCUAACAGCUUGGCCUCGUCACAAUCUAUUGCAAGUUCAACAGUUGCACCUUCUCCAUUAUCUGUUGGAGGAGAUAUAUAUGUUGGUCAGCAUGUUCCUCCUCUUCAACCUCUUCCUCCCCUUCAUCCUCUUCCUCCAUCUUUGCCCAUGA